GACAAGCGGUUACAGAAAAUGGCUGGAUGGAUGGAUGGACUAAUGGAAGAUUACCGUGGGUCUUAAUAAGCGUGCUUAUUGUGCACUUAUAGGAAAUUCAAGCCAAUGGCACCAUUUUACCGACAGAAAACGUGUGGUUUCCUCUAUAAAUCCCAAAUCACACUUAGGUCAUCCCUUCGGCUAAACAUAAAGUGAGCGGUGCAACUGUCGCGUCUGCGCGAUGCGCCUGCGUCUGUGCAGGUCCUGCGCAUUACGACAACCCCGAGAACGGCAGCGAAUCCCUACCCAGAAUUGCACGGCAGGGUUGCGCAGACACACUGCCCAAAGAGCGCAGCCAUUAUGCAGCUCCACAACCCGAGCUGCUAAGCUUCAUUACAUUCAGCAAACGAAUAACACCACAAAAAAACACCCCUGGUAAUCUCAUUCCUGAAAAUAACAUACUAUUUUCAUGUUUGUGUGCUGGUGCAAUGCAUUGAAAAGAUAUUUAUAUACAUUUAUAUAGAUAUCUGGUGUAAAUGUAGAGUUUUAAAGGAAUGAACGAUAGCUCGGGGACUGAAUUCUCCCUGGACGUCAAGGUAUCCCCGCUGUGUGGCAAAGACUGCGAGCUUUCAGCAGAGCGCGAUCCGUCUGUUCCCGGAGGAGCGGCGGGUCCUAAGGACAGGCAGCUGGCAAAUCAGUGUCCCGUCCCCCUCCCCCCGACACUGGCAGUGAUGCACAGCAUGUCAGCCAGCGACAGCGAGAUGAUCCCCCGGUUCAUCCUGCAGCCGCCAGUCGCCGAGAUGCUCCCCGCCGCCGAGUUCACGCACGAGGCCAUCGUGUGUCUGAUGGAGGCCAUGGGCCGCCGGCUGGACAUGUACGGCUCGCGGGAGCGCGCCCGCCUCUUCCACAGCGUGCAGCAGGAGCUGGAGGCUCAGGGUCACUGCCUGCCUGUAGAGAGGAUCCGCCGCAAGUGGAACAACCUCAUCGUCACCUACAAGCGGGUCAAGGACAGGAGCCGUGAGACAGGCCAGGCCAAGACUUCCUGGGAGUAUUACGAGAUGAUGGACGCCAUGUUGGGGAAGACCAUCGGUGCCCACAGCAGUGCCCCUGCCUCGGUGACGCUGGUCGACAUGGCGACUGUUGCCAAGGCCACUGCCACCACAGAACUCUCCUCAUGCAGCAACAUGGCCAACAAGCCCAGCUUGUUCCCCGGGGGGCUCAUCGGCACAUGUGCUCAUGUCCCCUUGCAGGUGCAGCCGGUGAUUCACGAUGGUGCUGCCAGACCACCAGGCAAUGCCGACGCCCUACAGCCACAGCUCGCGGCAGGACCCUGCCUUUCUCGUGCACGGCCCAGGCUGAGGGGCAUGCCCCCCACCUCGACGGCGGCUGGAUGCUUCUUGUCCCAGCAAUAUGGGCAGGCGGGAAAUCGCACCACCCUGCUGAAGAAUUUUCUUUUGGCCCAGAAGGAGCAGGGCCAGUUGGAGGAGGAGCAGCAGCGCAGGGUGGAGGCACGGGAGAAGAGGCGGGAGAAGAGGGUGGCCAGGAUGGCAGAUGCGCUGGGCCGCAUGGCCGCAGCGCUGGACCUGGUGUCCUCAAAGCAGGAUACAAUCAUUGCCCUCCUGCAGAGGCUGGCUGAGAAGCCAUGAUAGACCCUCACUGGACAGAGUGCAGAGGUGUGGCUUGUGAUGUUCUGUGCCUUAGAUAUGGCUCCUACAGAUGUUCUGUGAUUUAGGUGCAGUUCCAACAAAUGUUCUGUAACUUAAGUACGGUGCCUACAGAUGUUCUGUGACUUAGGUAUGGCUCCUCCAGAUGUUCUGUGACUAACGGUGUGGUUCCUACAGAUCUUAUUUGCCUAGGGUGUAGUUCCUACAGAGGUUCUGCGGCUAAUGGUAUGGUUCCUCCUGAUGUUCUGUGACUAACGGUGUGGUCCCUACAGAUCUUAUUUGCCUUGGGUGUAGUUCCUACAGAGGUUCUGUGGCUAACGGUAUGGUUCCUCCUGAUGUUCUGUGACUAACGGUGUGGUCCCUACAGAUCUUAUUUGCCUUGGGUGUAGUUCCUACAGAGGUUCUGCGGCUAACGGUAUGGUUCCUCCUGAUGUUCUGUGACUAACAGUGUGGUCCCUACAGAUCUUAUUUGCCUUGGGUGUAGUUCCUACAGAGGUUCUGCGGCUAACGGUAUGGUUCCUCCUGAUGUUCUGUGACUAACAGUGUGGUCCCUACAGAUCUUAUUUGCCUUGGGUGUAGUUCCUACAGAGGGUCUGCGGCUAACGGUAUGGCUCCUCCUGAAGUUCUGUCUCUUAGGUAGGAUACCCAGAGAUGUUCCGUGCCGUAGGUGCAGUUGCGACAGAUGUCCUGUGGCUUUGGCGUGGCGAGUACAGAUGUUCAUGCCAUAGUUCUUUUGUGUAGGGGUACCUCACAGCCAGGCCUCAUAAACCUAAUAAUCGGUUUGCGAUGGGAGUCACACACCCCGUUUCUAUGGCAACAAAAGUGACAUUCUGUCUUAGGCUGGUAUAACUUUCUAUCAGGGAAGAUGUGUCUCGUGUCCUGUCUCCUGUUACAAGGAGUCCAGCACGUCACACUUUUUGUUAUAAUGCUUGGGAAUAAUGGAAAUAUAUAAAACCCCUUCAGUCAAAGGAGGCUGACGUGCAAUUUCAAUUAUUUUUCUUCUCAAGCAAAAGUCAUGUUUUUCAGUUUCUUUAACUUCUCGCACUCUCGUCUGCAUAAUCACAUUACUGAGGUGUGAGUUGAUUCUUUAACUGCAUGCAUUUAUGGUCCCAAAGAAUACACUACUUUAAAAAAAGUCUGAAAGUACUUAAAGUUGCAGUAGUGUCCGACUUAUUGCCGAUAGAGCAUGUUAACUUGGCCAUUUUGGAUUUGUAACUGAUUAUGCUGAAAAUGAAAGAUACCUGUAAAUGUGAGGUGACCAGCCUUCAAAAGACAGCAACAGAAAUACAGGAUUUGUUUAGCCAAGGUACGCUCUCUUAAUAUCUUUCAGUUCUGUCUGAUACAUGUUUGUUCUAUAAGAUAGGAUGUGGUUGGUAAGAUUGCUGAGUCUGUGUACAGUAUGUACAU